CAGGUCAACCUCCUAAUGCUUUCAAGAUUCAUUGCUAGCUGUCCCCCAACAUUUGAAGUCCUGCCGGGCCGAAGGGACCCGGUAGUUUCGCCUUACCUCUUGAGGGCGCUCUUAUUUCAGAUUGCGGUAAGCGCGGGAGGUUUCAUCAGAGGAGCGAUGGAGGAGAGUUCCUGCAGUGGUCAGGGGAACAUUCCCGACACCAGCGCCAACAACACGCUGAAUCCCUUUGAAGCCGACAGCGUGGACAGCUUGCACCUGACCCAGUUUAGCCCCUCUGUCUUUGCUAGGAGCGCUGCUACCCCUGCCAGUUCUAAGAAGAGUUCUUUGUUCCGCUGGUCCAUAGACCAGCUGGCCAUAUUGCACCCUGCUGACAUUGAUGAGCAUGCUCUGCAGCAGGAGAGUACGCUGGAUAGCGACACAGAGGAGCGAGCCCAGCUGGCUAUUGAACAGUUCUUUUCGCAGCAACAUUUGGUUCCAUCUCCCUGGUCAGUGAAGCGGCCCAUCAAGCAUGUGACGUUCUCACCCAAUCCUCCAACUGUAUCAGAGGCUAAAGACAGCAACAGUUGCUCCGAGGCACCAGAGCGCUCAUCACAUGAUAAUGAGAACAGCUGCCAGAACAAGGAGAGGACAGAAGUGUCGUGCCAGACUACAGUGACGCUGCCUGUGGACUUUGAUCUGCAAGCAGUUCUGGGAGACCAGUUUGCCUUCAAUGACAGCCAGGCCGAAGGAGUCAACGAACUCUCCAGUUCUUCUCUUCGACGCAAGCUGUUCAGUCAGGGAGAGGCCAGCCCAAUCAUCAGUCCCGUGGGGGUAGGGCUGGACCAUCAGAUCUCCCCAGAGAGAAUUCCUGAUAUCCCCUCACCACAGAUAUCUCCAAUCAGGCAAGUUGACGACACAACGUUAUCGGCGUCCGACAUCAGCCAUGUACAGACACCGGGAUCCGUCCAGAGUCAGUUUUCGUCCAGCCCCAUCUCCAGCAAAUUGACCCCCAGGCGAUGGACUCCCUACAGCCAGGGCUCUCGUGCCGCCUCAUCAGUGGGCCACAUAGGUUCCCCGUCAUUCUCCCCUAUCUCAAGCACCUUCUACCCAGCUACCUCAGAUUCCUCCAAUCCCAUCUGUGACUCGUCAGUGAAGGGUAAAGCGCCCCCGUGUGACAUGAUUAUGCCAGACGCCUCGCCCAUUCUCCCACACGCGUCCAAGUCGCGGAGCGGCAUGCUGUUCCCAUUCCUGGCCAGCAUGGAGCCCCCUAGUGUCGAAAUGACGUCAGUCUCGUUUUCCGGCGACGAGAACCAUCUUGAGGGUGCGAAGCAAGUUGAUCAUCCAUGUGCUAGUACACAAGAUGACAAACAUUCAGCCCCGGACCGACCACCUCACAAUGAUUCCGAUGAAAGCAGUGAUUCCACUGAUCGCAGUGAUUACAAUGAUUCGGGGGAUUCCCAGUCCUUAGACCCCGCCGGAGCCACCUCCGUCUGCAGCAUGGAACAGUCUUACAUCCGAUUGGCCGACGAGUUUUCCGAAGAGCGCCCUCUAUCCGGUCAAUCAUCGAGCUGUGGUGGCCUCCAGGAAAACGACGAAGAGAUGCUGAACGGUGCUGGCGACAGUCUUUUCCUUUCUCAGGACAUGCUCUCGUUUGAAGGGUACGACGGUACCAGCAUGCCUUGCGCCGCCUCCCGCAAGCAGCUGACGUCAACCCUACGUUUGAGAGCAAGCCACGCCCCCUCCGACUCUAUUUUCACUGAGCUACCUCUCUCCCUGAAAUCUUUUCCAGAAACAUCACUCAAUAAGCUCGGCAGCUGCGUCAAAUCCGGGAGUGGCAUCAACAGCGGGUCUACAGUCACCAUGGAAAUGGCCGGGGUCAACCCGGGGUCAAAGUUCAGGGAGGUAGUGACCCCUAUGCAGUCGGAUAGCGGGUUCAACUCACACAGCUUCACGUCCAUGGAGGUGACGGACAGCGAGGGCCAGAUUGAGGCCAUGCAAGCUAAUGAAUAUUCAGUGGGAAACUGUCCACCAAUGGCAGACAAUAAGGAGAACUUAUGCAGAUGGAAAAACCAACUUCUGUGAAGAGUCAUUGGAUUCUGAGUAUGUGAUUAUCCAUAUUCAUCAGAAAAUGCGUUUGGGGGCCUGCACAUGGAUAAUGGCUUUAGCCAUAUAAGGAGAUGUUUAUCUCCAUAUAAGGAGAUGUUUACCACUACUCACAAUGUCGCGCAGAAAACAGUAGUGCCAAAAAAAAGGAUUAAAACCAGUCAGUGUUUUAUCAACUGUCAUGGGCGUUGACACGAUUUUUUCUAGAAUGGGGCAAAGCACAUUUCCCCCCGAAAUC